CACCUUUAUCAUAUACUAUUAUUAAAUAUUAAAAACAACCAAAAAAGUUUCUUUCCCUUUUACUUUCCUUAAUCCAAUUCCAAACUCCAUUAUUAGUAUCAUUAUCUUAUAAUAAAUAGAUCCAACAUUCAUUUGUUCAUCUUUCCUUUCAUAAUUCAUUAAGCCAAUAUGACUUCCUCAGAGAGCUUAAGUUUCUUUUCUCCUGAAUAUAGUACACCUAAAAUGUUUCCUCUAACACCAUCACCAACACCAGCACCAACUCAUAAACGUGGCGGUCCAUCGCCUAUGAGCCAAAUCAUCAUGGCAAAACAAGCCCUCAAUCAACCUUUGACACCAGAAAUGUCACAUGAAAUCAAGAAUAAACCAAUAGUACAAUAUGUUGUGCCACGACAACGUAGACGUACAAAUCCUGCAGUGUGGUGUGCUGCAAUACUAUGCAUGAUGUUCUGCCUACUACUAAUAUUAUUUGGUAUUGGAACUUUAGUCAUUUUUCUAUCUAUCAAACCAAGAAAUCCAGUGUUUGAUACAUCAAAUGCAAGCCUAAGUGUCAUAUACUUAGACUCACCUAAGUAUAUGAAUGGUGACUUCACAUUUAUAGCAAAUUUCACCAAUCCAAACAAGAAACUUGAUGUGAGAUUUGAGCAUUUGGUCAUUGAACUUUUUUUCUCAGAUAGCUUAAUAGCAACACAAGUUGUUCAACCUUUCAGUCAGAGGCAACGCGAAACGCGAUUAAUACAAGUUCACAUGAUAUCUAGCUUGGUUUAUUUGCCACCAAUUUCAGCCUUCAAACUACAAAAACAGGUACUUAGCAACAGAGUUGUGUAUACCAUCAGAGGAACUUUUAAGGUCAGAGUGAAUAUUGGCCUAAUUCAUUACUCUUAUUGGUUACAUGGGAGAUGUCAAUUAGAGAUGACAAGUCCACCUACUGGUGCUCUUAUUACACAUAGUUGUAGAACAAAGAGGUGAAGAAAAUUGUAUAUUGCAUACUUUAGUACAGCAGUUUGAUUUGAUUUUCCAGAUUCCUUCUAUUAUGUCAAGUACAAAAACUAUGUUUCUCAAUGCCAAGCAAGUUGAGAUCGGCUAUAUAAAUUCUCAUUUUUUUCUAUAUUCAAGAUUAGAGGAAACUUAGUUGUUUAGCACUAGAAGUUUCCUACAGUAUAGUUCAAUAAUUGAAAGGCAAAAGGUUGGAUCAAU